AUGUCUCCUAAGCCGAAGCUUCUCAUUAUCCUUACGUCCCAGGAUAUCCUUCCCACACGGGAUAACAUGAAGACGGGCUGGUACCUCCCUGAGCUCGUCCACCCGUACAACAUGCUCGUACCCCACGUCGACGUCGUUAUAGCCUCUCCAAAGGGUGGUGAAGCUCCAAUUGAUCCGUACUCGGUUGAAGAAACCAAAGAUGACGCCGCUUGCCAGGCAUUCUUGAGAGAUAAUGAACCGCUCUGGAAGAACACCACGAAGCUAGAGAGCUUCCUAGGCAGGAGCUCCGAAUUUGCAGGCAUCUUCUUUGUCGGCGGUCACGGCCCCAUGUUCGACCUCGCUGUGGAUAGCAUAUCCCAGGAGCUUAUCCGGGAAUUCUACGAGGCCGGAAAGAUCGUCUCGGCUGUAUGCCACGGCCCCGCCGCGCUGGUCAACGUCAAGCUCUCAGACGGGACGUAUAUGGUGCAGGGACACGCUAUCACGGGCUUCUCCAACGCCGAGGAGGAUGCCUACCAGUUUACUGAUGCGAUGCCGUUCUUACUUGAGGACGAGUUGAAGAAGCACGGGGGGAACUACGAGAAGGCGGACCAGCCGUUUGGCAUCAGGGUGGUUGUUAGUGGAAAUCUGGUCACGGGGCAGAAUCCUCCGAGCGCGGGCGUGAUUGGGGGGAGUUUGGUGGAAGAGAUCCAGAGGAGAGAGGCGUGA